CCAUUGACGGACGCGUCCCUGGGGCAACAUUCCCUCCCGCCGCUGUUCUUACACGGUCACAUUUGAUAGCGGGACCAGCACAGUACAGCUGCAGCGAUGGCUAAAAGUGAUGGAUGCGAUUAUUUUAAAAGAACCAGCCUGUUCUGGAUCAUUUCCGUGACACUUGGAGUGGGAUAUUUCACUUGCAUCGUGUUUGCACCUGAAGUAAUCCCCUACCAGCACCUCGGUCCGUAUGGCACCUUCUGCAGAUACCUGGUGGAUAACUGUGCUGGCCUCAUGUACAAAGGGUGGUGGGCCGCCUUGGCCAUCCAUGUUUUUGAGGCCAUUAUCGCAUGGAGGAUGUGCAGAGAAAAAGGUAUCACCAACACGUCUACUCGCUGCCUUUGGUUCGUCCAGACCUUGCUGUUUGGCUUCGCCUCCCUCGGCUUGCUCCUUAAGUUCGACCCUGAGCGUCCCAAACAGCACUGACUGCAGCUAAAGGAGCCGACGGAACAACACCGCACAAGCUGAAUCCAGAAAAUCAAUUGCUGCCUUCUUCCUCUUUGAUAUGAAAUAAUGCUGUGAGGGCAGGUGGAGGAAGACACCUGAGCCUUUUCUUUAAAAUGAAAGAUUGGAAGUGAACACUACAUUUUUACUCACUGAGCUUCAUCUACUACCUGCAUUCUUAUCCAUGUGUGCUUCUUAAUUUCAUUCCAGAUCUUUUCUAACCAUUAAAAGGAGAGUUGUGUUUUCUUUAUGUAUAAUAUUUUAGUUUUUAAGUUAAUAUUAACAGAAAUUAUCUCAGCUUCAUGAAUCAGUGCUGAGCUGGAUAUUUAGUGCAAUGGAAGAGGAAUCUUUUCUAAAAUAGUUUUGUGCUCUCAUAAUGUUUACAGUCAGCCUGUCUGAUGGCAGUACAGAUAUUUUCUCAGCUGCUGUGAUAAACAAAACACAGAGGAGUUUUUCUGCAGAUGGUACAGUCCACCAGCCCUAAAGUGUGCUGCUGUGUGCAUUAGAAACUCUCAUUUGCCUUUCUUUUAUCGGAGUGCUGUGAGUUGAUCUUAAUUAACUACGGACUGUAAGUUCUUAAUGUUAAUGCUGCAAUAAAGAGUGACUAAACAAACUAAACUAAAA